GCUCGUAUAAACGAGGUAAAUUUAUUUUGUCUUUUGUAUUGUUCUAAUCUAAUUUUAUAUCAUAUAUCUGUUGGAAGCUGUUUGUGGAACUUCUUUCUACGGGAGCAAAACAAGAAUGCUGAUGGACAACUCAAGUAUCAGUGUCUGUCUCACUAUUCCUUUUUUUGAGAUUUACAAUGAACAGAUUACAGAUUUAUUGGAUCCUAAUCAAAAAAAUAUUCAGAUAAGAGAAGAUGCCAAAUCAGGGAUCUAUGUUGAAAAUCUCACGGAGGAGUCUUUAUGUACAAUGUCAGAGACUUAAAACAGUCUUCAUACGGUUUGAGGUGCAACUAGCAUCAAUGCUGAGAGUUCCGGCUCGAACACUGGUUUCACUUAUGUUCUGGAAUCGUGCAAGUUACGGGUGGACGCGACAAUGGACUCUGCUUGCUUGUCAACCUCCCCAACAGGUCGUUCCUUCUUCCUCCUAUCCACUGAUGGUCGCCUCACCAUCGACUUUCUCUAUUGGGGAGACUUGUUCGGAGGACUAUUGUUGCGACGGAGGGUUGCGCAGUGAGACUUGCACUGCCUAUGACAAUAACCUGACCCGGAUGGACGCGAAUUCAAUUGUUCAUCCCAACUUCUAAGGUACGCAAUCCAAAUUACACAGCACUCUUUUGAUUCUAUUGGAUAUUCAUGACUUUUUUCAACGAAGAAAGCCUCAUGUAUACCUCUCCCCUGGUUGAUGUGCCCACUG